CUCUUCUCCUCUUCAUCUCCUCAGCGGGUUGUCCAGCAGGGACUCUGUAGGAGCCUCUGGGGGGAACAACAGUGCAGAGGGCUGACUGUAACCCAGGUGGAGAAUUACACUGAAAACUGGAUGUGAAGGAAAGCGUCAAGGUCAUGAUCGACUUGCCAAAUGUGACAGCGUCUGGCAACCAGGAGCUGGACCUGAAACCUGAAGAGCUGCAAAAAUCCAAAUGUGUCCUUGGUUUCUUUCCCAUCAUCUACUACAGCAUUCUGCUCUGCAUCGGAGUGCCAGUAAACAUCCUCACAGCAGUGGCUCUAUGCAGACUAGCAUCCCGCACUAAGAAGGCUCUGUACCAUUACCUUUUGGCAGUGACAGCCUCGGAUAUUCUCUCCCAGCUCUUCAUCAUCUUCGUCGGCUUCCUGCUGGAGACGGCAGUUUUUCACCGUGACGUCCCUGCACUCCUGCUGCACUCCAUCAGCGUCGCCGAGUUUGCUGCCAACCACGCUUCCAUAUGGUCCACCGUACCCCUCACUGUGGACCGCUACGUGGCGCUGUGCCACCCCCUCCUCCACCGACAGAUCAGCUACCCAGCCCGAGCCAGGAAGAUCAUCGCUGUGGUCCUGACAGCAUCGGUCGCGUCGGGCCUGCCUUUCUUCUGGUGGUCGGACAUGUGGCGGAACAGCCAUCCGCCCACAGCGCUGGAUGCCAUACUCAUAUGGACACACGUGACUAUCAUCUACUUCCUGCCCUGCAGCAUCUUCUUAGUGCUGAACUCUCUGAUAAUCCACACCCUGAGGGUGAGGCAGAGAAAGCAGCGCUGUCAGGAGGAGCGGGGGGCCAAGUCGGCACCUUUGCAAAGACUUGGGAAAACCACGGCCAUGCUGCUGGCCAUCACCUCAGUGUUCUCAGUUCUGUGGGCGCCCAGAACCAUUGUGGUCAUCUACCACCUGUAUGUGUCCACAGUUCAUCGAGACUGGCGCACCCACCUGGCCUAUGACCUCUCCAACAUGCUGGCCAUGCUCAACACUGCGGUCAACUUCUUCCUCUACUGCUUUGUCAGUAAGCCAUUCCGCAGCUCCGUGCGGGAUGUCAUGCUGCUCAGGGGGUCGCCGCUGUACUCUCGCCGUGCUCUGCCUCAACAGCAGGUCCCCGCCAAUGCCUCCAUUUCCUCCCUGUACAGUGGGAACAGUAAACGCUUUCAGCGGGACUUCGCUGCCUAGUCACUUCACAGCACUAGAAAGCCCUCGUGACCUCAUGACUUCCCCUCUUAAUCCAAAA